AUGACCCUCCCGCGCAUCUGCUGGGCCGGCGUCGCUCGUGGCCGCAGCGCCACGACUAGCCGCGUCGCGUUGGUCCUGCUCAGGGACGGCAGCAAGUCGCUCACGAGCUCCGCAGCGCUCGCGAGGCCGGCGGCGGGGACGUCAGCUUUGGCGACAAAGGUGCGGCCGCUCUCGACUGUGGAGGAUCUCGUGUCGGCGGUGGAUGGUGGCGGUGCCAUCACCGAGGCGGAGGUCCUCGAGUGCCAGGCCAAGUGGGCCAGCGCGAUCGCCUCCAUCUCCUCCGUCUACCUCGGCAAGGGAGACUUUGUCGCGGCGGCGGGCGAGGCGGCGGGCGAGCUGUACGGCUACGGCCACCACAACGUGCUCUUCAAGCCGACCAAGGCGACCAAGCACCCCUUCCGCCCGACGGGCGCGGACGCCAUGUCCUACUUCGUCGGCGCCGAGGCGAUGGAGAACGACCA